UGAAAACGCAAGCAGAUGUCGCUGAUGACGGCAGAGGUGGCGCUAUUGUCAGCGCAUGCGCAGCGAACCAGUUGCGUAGUUGCGUUUCGUGUUUCCGCGGUCAGUCAUCAUCGGUCUCAUGGACGUGCGAUUACUCUUUUCGGAUAUGUGAGUGUUUCUCGUGCGCAAGGCGAAGAGGAGGAGGUGAGAGAGAGAGAGAGAGAGAGAGACAGAGCGAGAAAGAAAGAAAGAAAGAAAGAAAGAAAGAGAGUGAGUGAGUGAAAGAUCGUUCGAUGGUUGUUCGGCCGUUCGAAGUAUCGCGAAAGGAAGGCUCCUCGUAUUUCUGCAUCUGUUCGUCGUAUCUACCUCGUAGCAGUUAAUAGCAGCAGUAGUAACAGCAGUAACAGCAGUAACAGCAACAGCAGCAGUAGUAGCAGUAGUAGCAACAGCGACCUUCGUGCCAGCUGAAAAGAGAAAAAUUUGGCUAUGCUCGCUGUGGAGAUUGACUUGAAAUCAGGAUACGCACCGACUACAACGACGACGGUGACGACGAAGAAGACGAGGAGGACGACGACGACGACGACGACGACGACGACGAUUCGUCCGUGAUAACGGCAGACAUUGUCGCGAUUUCGAUGCGCGAUGGAGUCCAUAAGAAAGUGGUUUUACAGGCCUAAGAGAGACGAUACCAGUUUAUUGGCUCAGUUCUUUUACGCCGAUGAAUCCCUAAACGCAAUUGCCUGUGAGCUGGAUUCUUUCGAUGGACGUCAGGAGCCGGAAAGAUGUACCACUUUGGUGAAUCAGCUGCGACAUUGUCAGGACAAGGUCUUGACGAUAUGUAAUCAGAUUAUGGACGAUCUGAUACCAGACAGUAGAGCUAAUCGGGACUUUAGAGUAAAAUUCCCGGAUGACGUGAUGCAGGAAAAUCUAGCUGGGCAACUGUGGUUCGGUGCUGAAUGUUUGGCUGCUGGAUCGUCUAUCAUGAACAGAGAAUCUGAGAGCUCUGCUAUGAGGCCGUUAGCAACGGCACUCACGAAAUCGUUGGAGAUCGUGAGAAAUUUGCUUAGAGAGCAUGCGUUGAAAGGCCACAUGAAUUUAAAGUAUCUUUCUCAAACUCAAAAUCCUUUGGAACCAUCUUUAGAGAAGCUGAUCGAAUCGUUAAAGAUUUUCGAUCGGCUCUUCGCUGACUUUGAGCUUUGUUACGUUGGCGCUAUGGUACCGGUCAAGUCCACGAAGGAAUACGAGCAGCAGGAGCUCGUUUGCGUUUUAUUUUCCGAGACUUUGCAAAGAGCCCUCGAACGAGGUUUGCUGAGUCAAGCAGACGUGGAUAAUUACGAACCUGCUUUGAUGUUCACUAUACCACGUUUGGCCAUUGUAUCCGGCUUGUUGGCCCCACCUGGAGGUCCCUUGUGCCUGAAUUCUCCUGAUACUAUCAGCGAAAUGUUCAGGCCAUUCAGGACUCUUCUCUUGAAGAUAAGAGAACUACUUUGGACUCUGAACAAUCGUGAACUUUAUAUGCUGGAGAAGUUAUUGUGCUCGAACGAAGAACCCUCGGGUCCUAUCAGCCAGUCGACAAAAUCCACGUGUCAGGACUUACCCGAUCUCGAGGAAUUCGUUCACAAUUUUUAUACCGGUUAUCCUAAUUGUAAAGACUUCAUUGUAGAUUUCUAUACCGUAACGAGAAACACAGGGAAUAAUAUGGACGAGGUGGCGAACGACGCGGUCCAAGCGUUGGACGACGAGAACAAAGAAAGAUCGGCGGAAAGGAGAUCGAAGAAGGAUCGCGAGAGGAAUCAGAGAGAGACGAGAAGUAACGAGGAAAAUGGGCCCAAGGACUUAAAUAACAUAUCCAUAGAAGGAUGUGAUAACGUUGUAGUUCGUAACGAUAAUAACGUGAAGGUACAGGAUAAUAGUGAGAGGGAAAGUGUUCGAGAAGACGUGCGUUGUGACAUAGUACAAAGUAAUAGUUCGAAAGAGAAAAAGCAACAGGCGUGUAAUCGCGAUUCUUGUCCCGUAAAGCAGGUAUCGAGCGAGAACGGUAAUAAAGAAGAAAUUCAGAAUGUCAGGGAGGAAGGUGUAGUAGUAGUCGAGGACGGUAUUUUUAGUACCGUGGAAAGUACGAGCGAGAUCAAUAGGCAGGAGGAAAACUUCCUCACUCCUGACAUUUCUCAAAUGCUCGCUGACUCGGAAAACGUAGAGAUUCUUCAAAGUCAGUACCUACUCAAUCAGGUCUCUCACGAGAACAAUGUAACGGGUGAAACCGUGCAUAUUCAAAAUUCUCUGCCGGAUCUGGACUCGAAGAAACUCAUCUCCGAGGCAAACAAGACUCUCUCGAAUCUUUUGUUGGACGGUGAAUGUCAGAACGAGAUCUCCGAGCAAACGGAUUCGGGAAUAUGCACGGUCAUAUCCUCGGAGAACACGAGCUUGUACGAUAAAAGUCCCGAGGAGAAGAAAACUUUCGCCAAUGAGAUUCAGGAGGACGAGCGUGCUUUAGAAGACGACACGCAGGAGAAUAACAGCUACUCCUGCUCGAACAUAAGCUCGCCGAAAAGAAAGAAUUCGAACAUGUCCGAAAGUUCUUGCGUGUGCGGUAUAAGAGCUUCGAAAACCAUCACGCCUUUGGAUCAUCCGAUAGACGUGACUCCUUUGAGUUCGGGAAACAACGAUUCUAGUAAAAACAUUCCAAGGAUUUCGUCAAAUUUCGAUGGCACCAACGAGGAGUUCGUUGGUUUGGCUUAUGGUAAUGGGCACCUGCCGCUCUGCGACUCCAAUCAGACCAGCUUUCAAUUGAAUUAUUCCGAAAAUUGGGAGAAUCUCAAUUUGAAUAUAGACGCGUCGACCUCGAGGAAGGAAUUCUGGAGCGAUCUCAAGUGCGAGAACUGCCCGUCUACGUCACAGAAUAUCGAAAAAAUGGGAAAUAAGAUAGAGAGAUACGCGCAGGAAAAGGUCGUUGCUAGGAAAGUCCGAGAGGACAAUAAGCAAAGACGACGUCAUCAGCGGAAGCACGACAAAGGCCUUCACAAAUGUCAGCAGGUUACAAGAAGUAAUCACUGUGUUCAGUCGACCCCGAGCACUGAAAGUUCAAGGUCAAACUCGAUAGACAGGUGUUUGAAUCCACGAUUGACCAACUUCGGUGCGAGCUUGCAUCCGAGCCAAAACACGAGACAGAUGCCAAACUUCGGUAGUCACAGUCCGCACGCGAGUCCAAGGCUUCAACAUUUCGAGUCGCGUGACAGCUCGAGACAACGAAAUUAUAACUUAUCGAAGUCGACGAGAAAUUGUUCGCCACAGAGUAGAAAGCUUUUGGAUCACAGAAGAUCUAGGUCCGAGCAGAUAGCUCGUAUGAAGCGAAAGGACUUUGAGAAACGUGACAGGUAUGAAAGACUGAGUUAUCGAUCCGAACAAACCAAGAGGAAACUUGGAAAUAGGAGUCCUAACGACCUGUUGAACGACGGUUUAGGGCCUAGAACGGACAAGAGCGGUCUGGUGACGGAAACGAUAUCUCCCGUUACGUCACCAAAUACAUGUUAUAGGCUCGAGAAUACAAGAGACAAUAAUUUACAAAGGCCUCCACGUACCACGAGACUGGUGAAUCCUUCAGCGGUCACAGGAACGCAAUCUUUCAAUUCGGAACAGUCGCAGAAAACAACGGAGGCCGUUGGUUCGAGUUCUAGUUGUUCAAGCUGUUGCGACUCCAGUUCGGAAACUAGCGAGUUUCAAAGCGAUUGUCAGGACGACGAGGAGAUAGCUUUAGCGAUGCAAGCUGCUGAGAUCGCGAAUAGAAAUCAGAUUAGAGCGAAAUUUAGGUCCUCGGAAGAUCUCGUCCAUCGCUUGUUCGUCUGUAUAGCCGGCGUAGCCGAUCAACUACAAACAAACUUUGCUUCGGACCUUCGGAAUAUCCUGAAGUGCGUCUUUCUUAUGAAUAGUAGUCAAACGGUAGAGGACGAAGAGCCAAAGCAAGAAUGUUUGGUGUCGGCCAGUAGUCAGCCAGCUGUCGUUACGAAUCACACGUUAGGCACGAGUAGCAAUCACGAUCGGCAGAACUCGUUGCAGGAGUACGAGGACGAAGAGGAGAACGCUCCUGCGAACGAACAAACUUCCCCGGCAAUGGAACGCGGCGAGGAAUGCGUCGAAAGAGCACCUGCGUGGGUGCCAGACAACGAUGCACCUAGGUGCAUGGCUUGUCAAGCAGGAUUUACUGUCGUACGGCGUAGACAUCAUUGUAGAAACUGUGGUAAAGUGUUUUGCGGUCGUUGUAGCAGCAACAAUGUUCCUUUACCACGUUACGGGCAUACCAAGCCUGUCAGAGUCUGCAAUAGAUGUUUCCUUUACCAGGUGACGCCGUUUACCGUUUCUCAAGUCACACCCACCAGUUGAAUAGAUUACAUCUCUAACGAUUUUCGAAUUUAAUUAUCGAUCGUAAUAAAUUUUACGCUUUUCUUAUAGGACACGACAAACGUAUUUCAAAACGACAAAUUAUUGCUUCUUCGUUUGUUCUUUUUAUUUUCAACUUUUCUGGGAACAGUUUAUAUAUUUUUGUUUGUUUGUCUGUCUGUCUGUUUGUUUGUUUGUUUCUUUCUUUCUUUUUUUCUUCUUCUUUUUUUUUUACUUUUUAUUUUUUACCGUGUCAACGACGUAUUCCGCGAACGUUCAUGUCAAACGUGUUAAUGAGUCUGGUAAUUUCGUGUCUCCGAUCUUUGAGAUUAAUCGACGGUUUUAAGAAUAACAUUCUAUGAAAAAUGUUUGCUUCUCUACGUACAUAUGUCGAUCGAUCGAUCGAAGUCGGAGAACUGAGUUAUUACUAGAUAUGCUAUUAACGUAUAUAUGCUCAAAUCGUACAGUCGAUAAUGGCGCAAAUUCCAUUAAUACCUCUCAUUAAUAAUAGUAAGAAUAUAUAAUAAUAAUAAUCGCCUUUAUAUCUUUCAAUCGA